AUGACCAAUACUAGAAGCAUCCCCGUGAGGAGUUAUGUGGAAAACAAGGAAUGUGAACCCCUAUUCAGGGAGUAUCCCGGGAUCGGAUGGAGCUGGGACAGAGAAACUGACAAACCAAAGGAGCCAACUCUCCGAACAAGAUGGAUGAAUAAGAAGCCAAGAGUAAAGGAAGAUAUAAAGGGAAGAACCAGAAGUCAUAUCGAAAACGACCCCCCAAAAUUAAGGACCAGGCGUACCCCUAUGACUCCAGGGGGACACCGCGAUAGAAAGAUCUUAUCUCAACCGAUAGGGGAUCUUAGAACCCAAGUGAAUUCAGUCGUCCAAGAGUCCCAAAUUCUGAGGGGAGAACACCCGAAGCGAAAGAUAAUUAGGGAGUUGGAUUUGAUGAAGCGCGAGUCAGAGAAAUCGUUUAAAGUGCGUAAGGAGUGGAGCAACCGACUCAGAUGGAUUCUUCGGUCCCCUCCGAAUGAGGAAGAAAAAGGAAAAAGAAGAGUCCGACUACGAGCCCGUGUAAAGGACGUUAUUAAGAAUUAUGUCUCUCACGGAUAA